AUGUCCGGAACCGUGUCCAAGAGCUACUACGAGCACGAUGAUAAGGUCAUCGACUACUGUAACAAGCUGACCAUCAAGCUCCAUCCGAUGCAGCAGGAGCUCCAGGACUCAACCCUGGCCAACCACAAGAUGUCCGUCAUGCUCGGAGCCCCGGAAGUUCUCACGAUCGGCCAGAACUUCUUGAAGUUGAUCCACGCCAAGAAGGUUUUGGAUAUUGGAACCUUCACCGGUGCCUCGGCCCUCGCCUGGGCCCUUGCCCUCCCCGACGAUGGCCAGGUCAUCUCCAUGGACGUCGACAGCUCUGCUCUCGAUCAAAUCGGCCGCCCGGUCAUUGAGAAAUGCCCCAAAACCGCUAAGAAAAUCAAGUUCCACACCGAAUCGGCCAUCGAUACGCUCGACCGGCUGAUCGCCGAUGGCCAAUCCGGCACUUUUGAUUUUUCUUUCAUCGACGCCGACAAGGUCAACUACUCCAACUACUACGACAAAAGCCUGCAGCUCCUUAAGCCCGGCGGCGUUAUCUUGGUUGAUAAUGCCCUGUGGAGCGGAAGCGUGACAAAGGAGAACAAGGACGAGUCGACGAAAGCCAUCGACGCCUGCAACCAACAUAUCAGCCAGGACCCCAAGUCGAACUCUUUCCUCGUCAACACGGGCGAUGGUCUCCAUGUUGCCUUCAAGAUU